UUGUCAAUGUAGCCACUUUGCCUUUUUCUCAUGACGUGUCGGCGAGCUUAGUUUUUAUUAUACAAAUAAGCGAAGCUCAAGUGGAAUUUAUUGAAAAAUGCGUAACCAAAUCAUCUGCCUGGCUUUGGUGUUAUGCACCCUACACAGCGCCUGCGGCCUGUACUUUCACAUAUCGGAAACGGAGCGCAAAUGCUUCAUUGAGGAGGUUCCCGACGACACAACUGUGAUUGUCAAUUAUAAGGUGGAGCUAUAUGAUCCCCGUUCCAAUGGCUUCAUGCCAUCCUCGCCCGGCAUUGGCAUGCAUGUUGAAGUGCGCGACAGUGACGACAAGGUGAUUCUAUCUCGCGUAUACAGCUCACAAGGACGCAUCUCAUUUACAUCGCACACUCCCGGUGAGCAUGUUAUCUGCAUGUACUCGAACAGCACUGCGUGGUUCAAUGGCGCACAGCUGCGUGUGCAUCUGGAUAUUCAGGUGGGCGAGCACGCCGUCGACUAUGCCAAUGUGGCACAGAAGGAGAAGCUAACUGAGCUGCAGAUGCGUGUUCUUCAGCUGCUCGGUCAAGUCGAGCAAAUAACCAAGGAGCAAAGCUAUCAGCGCUAUCGUGAGGAGCGUUUCCGUCACACUAGCGAAAGCACCAAUUCCCGUGUCUUAUGGUGGUCACUGGCCCAGACUGUGGUCCUUGUCUGCAUGGGAUUCUGGCAGAUGCGUCAUCUGAAGAGCUUCUUCGAGGCCAAGAAGCUGGUGUGAGCCAUGUUGGAGCUUCUGGCAAUGGCUAUUACUUGUUAGCCUUCAACUCGUUCUUGCGACGGGCGAAUUUCAUCGGUGUAUCAUCCAGAUCCGUGUUUAGUUUUAAUUUUCUAGUUGGUUUCGAUUGCCGCACUAAAUAUUUGUCUGCCUAAUUUAAUAAAAAUCCAUUGUAAAAUACAUAUAAAAUGUAAAC